AUGGCUACACCCACUGUCCUCACUUUUGACGCUGAGGGUCGAGCCAUUGACUUUGAGGUCUGGCUCGACGACCUGCAGCUGUUUUUACAGUGCGAUAGGGCCGACAGUCUGUCUCUCUUUGACCUCACCUCUGGCGCUGUCCCUGCCCCUGCUGCUGAUGCUGACGCCACUGUUCGCUCUCAGUGGGCCACGCGCGAUGCUGCUGCACGUCUUGCUGUGCGUCGCCACCUGCCUACCACUGAGCGCGCGCACUUUAGUCAGUACAAGAGUGCUCAGACCUUGUACGACGCUGUAGUUGCACGCUACUCCUCCCCUGCCACUGCUGCACUGAGCCGCCUCAUGCUCCCCUUCCUCUUCCCUGACCUUGCCGCCUUUCCCACUAUCGCUGAUCUCAUCACGCAACUCCGCACUAGUGACACUCGCUACCGCGCUGCACUUCCUGCUGACUUCUGCGCCAAGAACCCCCCCCCCAUGUACAUCACUCUCUACUUCCUAGUCACUCGCCUCCCUGACUCCCUUCGUGUAGUCCGGGACCACUUCCUUGCGGUCUGUCCCACCACCCUCACCGUCGACAGCCUCGAGAAGGCCCUUCUUGCAGCAGAGAAGAGCAUAGUUGCUGUAGGAGCCUCUCGAGGUGACCCCCGCGCCCCCAUCUUUGAGGGGUGUUCUCCUUCCCCUCUCCUGCCCUCUGUUGCCUCUGCCGCUGCGGCCGACCUCGUUGGUCUUGAGUCGGUCGGUGCGGCGUCUACCCCUAGCGGGAGACGCCGCUCUGGCAAGGGCAAGGGGGGCAAGGGAGCGGGUGGGGCCAGUGGGGGCGGUGGAGGUGGGGGUGGAGGCGGCGGAGGGAGUGGGGGUGGCGGUGGAGGUGGUAGUGGGGGUGGGGGUGCUAGUGGCAGCGGUAGCGGCGGGAGUGGCGGCGGCGGUGGCGGUGGUAGCGGAGGUGGCGGAGGUGGCGGCGGUGGAGGUGGGGGCAGGGGCGGUGGAGGCGGAGGCGGGGGUGGCGGAGGUGGAGGUGGUCGGAGUGGGGCUUCGCAGUGGAGCGGCACUGGUGGCGGUCAGCGCCAACAGCAGCAGCAGCAGCAGCAGCACCGUUCUCGCGACGUCCUCACCCCCCAGCAGCUCCGUGAGUGGUACACGCAGCGUCAGCGCGGUGGGGGUUUUGGUCCCUGCACCUACGUUCUCCGCACUGGCGACCGCACUGGAGAGCAGUGUGGGGGUGCCCACCCCGCUCAGCGCUGCUUUGGCCGCCUGACAUUCGCUUGGCGUCAGCAGUUCCCGGAGGCCGCGGAGAUCCCCUGCUGGGGAGAGCUGUCUAGGGCUGGUGUAGCUAUCUUUGAUCUUGAUUUUGAUGCUAUCCUUGCUGCCAUGUAUGCUGUGACCGCUAGUGAGGAGGGUGACUAUUACCGGUGUUUCCCGCCCGACCCGGGCAUUGGUACUGCUGCUCCAGGUACCGGUGAGGCUUCUGCUCUAGGUGCCAGUGCGUCUGUACUCCGAGGUACUCGUGAGACUGCUCUCUCAGGUACUAGUGCGUCUGCGCUCUCAGGUACUUCGUCGGCUUCGGCCUCCCAAUCCUUAACUCUUGACUCUGGAGCGUCUCGCUCUUUCUUUCGGGACCGCACCACACUUACGCCGCUUAGUCGGCCGGUUGCAGUUUCCCUGGCUGACCCCUCUGGGGGUCCUGUCCUGGCUCGCUUCUCCACGGUCCUCCCGUGUCCGGCGGCUCCCUCUGGCACCCUGUCUGGUCUCUACCUCCCCUCGUUCUCUACGAACUUGGUGAGUGGUGCUGACCUACAGGAUGGGGGAGUUCACCAGUUCACCCCUGCUAGUCAGCAAGUGACGCACUGCACGGAGGCUAGCACGGGUCGUCACCUAGCUACGUUUACACGCCAGCCAGGGUCGAGCCUGUACACACUGACCACUGCUUCUCCUCCAGGUGCUGAGUCUGGUAGCGUGCCUUCGUCUAGUCAGGGCCCUGGCCCUGCCUGUGUCCCCUGUGUCGAGGGGCGCCAGCGUGCUGCCCCUCACUCCUCCCAGUUUCCUCCGACAGAGGCUCCGUUGCAGACGCUUCACAUGGACGUGUGGGGCCCUGCCCGCGUCCGUGGACUCGGUCACGAGCGCUACUUCCUGCUGGUGGUUGACGACUACUCGCGUUACACCACAGUCUUCCCCUUGCGCAGCAAGGGUGAUGUCACUGAGGUGCUGAUCGACUGGAUCCGCGCAGCUCGUCUCCAGCUCAGGCAGAGCUUUGGCUCGGACUUUCCUGUGUUGCGUUUGCACUCGGACAGAGGCGGAGAGUUCUCCUCUGGCCUUCUGCGUGCCUACUGUCGUGCGCGAGGCAUCCGCCAGACCUUCACGCUUCCGGACUCCCCGCAACAGAAUGGGAUUGCAGAGCGCCGCAUUGGCAUGGUCAUGGACGUCGCUCGUACGUCCAUGAUGCAUGCGGCUGCCCCCCAUUUUCUGUGGCCGUUUGCGGUCAGGUACGCAGCGCAUCAGAUCAACCUCCACCCCAGGGUCUCCAGGCCGGAGACCUCCCCAGCGCUGCUGUGGACGGGGAAGGUUGGCGAUGCGUCAGCGUUCCGGGUCUGGGGAUCUCGGGCGUUUGUCCGCGACUUGUCUGCGGACAAGCUGUCCCCUCGCGCUGCUCCCUGCGUCUUCCUGGGGUUCCCCCCCGACGCUCCAGGGUGGCAGUUCUACCACCCCACCUCUCGACGUGUUCUGUCCUCCCAGGACGUCACGUUCGACGAGUCGGUACCCUACUACCGCCUCUUCCCCUACCGCACUCCGUCCCUCCCCCCUCCCUUGCUCUUCUUGGUACCAAGUCCCCCCCCGGUAGACCCCCUUCCCCCUCAGGGUCCUGCCCCUUCAGGUGUGUCCCAGGGGGUGCUGAGACUGGAGGUACUACGCCUGUGGGAGCUGAGCCUGGGGGUUCGGAGUCUGGAGGUGCUGAGUCUGGGGGUGCUGGGCCUGGGGGUGCUGAGCCUGGGGGUGCUGAGCCUGAGGGUGCUGAGCCUGGGGGUGCUGAGCUUGGGGGUGCUGUGCCUGGAGGUACUGAGCCUGGGGGUGCUGAGCCUGGAGGUGCUGAGCCUGGGGGUGCUGAGACUGGGGGUGCUCCGCCUGGAGGUGCUUCGUCUUCGCCGAGAGCCACUCUCCCCUCAGGAGCUACGUGACUGGUUUGCCAGACGCUGGAGGCGUGCUGCUGGUGCUGGAGGUUCUUCGGCUGCAGAGGGUGCUACUGCCGAGCGUCCCGGCGGUGCUCGUACUGUGGGUGCUGGAGCUGCUGGGUCUGAGGGUUCUCCUGGAGCUGGUGCUGCUGAGGGUGUUGACGCUGAGACUGCCGCUGGAGGUCCGACUGGCGGUGCUCCUGCUGUUGCUGCUGGAGGUUCGGGAGCUACUGGAGGUGCUGCUGGAGCGGGUACUCCUGCUGGGGGUGCUGGUGCUGUCCCUGCUGUUUCUGGCGUCGCCGCGCGGCCCCGGCCGUACUUCGUUCCGCUCCUGCACCUUUCUCGUCACAGUCACAGCUACAGCCUGCCUCCCCUUUGCCUGCUCCUUCUCCCUACGCUGGUCCGACUGGAGGUCUUACUGAGCGUCGUGAGCCUGCGUCUCGUCCUGCGUCGCCUGUUCGUACUGUGCGCGCUAGUGGUCGCGGUUCGCGUCAGCGUCCUCCUCCUGUCCCUGGCACGCACCGGAUGUCUCUGCGUCCGUCCACUGCUCCACUGCGUGCCCAUUUGCCUUCUCCUCCUGCUUCCUCUCUUCCUACUCUUGCCGACCCGGAGUCGGACUCUCUUCGUGCUGCCAGUCCUACUGUCACGCGUCUCCUUGCUACAGCUGUCACUGACCCUUCUUUCGAGUCUUCUGCUGCGACUGCCCUUGUCACCUGAGCUCGUCGACUUUGCUGCGCGCUGUCGCCUAGACUACGCUGCUAGUCUUGUUGCUGAGUCUGAGUCUGCCUGUCCUCCGUCCGUCGGGGGUGAGUGUGCCCUUGGCACGGACGUCCUUGAGGACAGGCAGGAGGAGUUCCAAUGUCUGGCCGCCGCUUCACCUCAUCUCGCGUCUGUACUGCUAGCCCCUGAGGGAGACCCGGAUGCACUAGACAUCCCGACUCCGCGCUCCUACGCGGAGGCGAUAGAGGGUCCCUACUCCUCUCAGUGGCAGGCAGCUAUGGAUGCAGAGAUGGCUUCCUGGAAGUCCACAGGCACCUACGUCGACGCUGUUCCCCCUCCUGGGGCGAACAUCGUCAGUGGCAUGUGGAUUUUCAGGGUGAAGCGGCCGCCGGGUUCUCCGCCUGUCUUCAAGGCGCGUUACGUGGCUCGUGGCUUCAGUCAGCGGCAGGGGGUUGACUACUUUCAGACCUUCUCUCCCACCCCGAAGAUGACCACUCUUCGGGUACUGCUGCACGUUGCUGCUCACCGUGACUACGAGCUGCACUCUCUCGACUUCAGCACUGCUUUCUUGCAGGGCAGCCUGCACGAGGAGAUCUGGCUGCGUCGCCCACCUGGCUUCACUGGGUCUUUCCCUCCUGGUACCCAGUGGAGUCUCCAGCGUCCAGUCUACGGUCUCCGCCAGGCGCCACGUGAGUGGCACGACACACUGAGGACUACGCUUGCGGCUCUUGGGUUUGCUCCUUCUACUGCCGACCCGUCGCUGUUUCUGCGCACUGACACCUCUCUGCCGCCGUUCUACAUCCUCGUGUACGUCGACGACUUGGUCUUUGCCACAGCGGACACUGCUGGACUCGCUUACGUGAAGUCCGAGCUGCAGAAGAGACACACGUGCACUGACCUGGGUGAACUGCGCAGCUACCUUGGCUUGCAGAUCACCCGGGACAGAGCACGCCGCACCAUUACCCUGACUCAGUCACACAUGGUGCAGCAGGUCCUUCAGCGCUUCGGCUUCACGUACUCCUCGCCUCAGGCCACUCCUCUGCCUACUCGCCACUCGCUCUCAGCUCUUCCUUCGGAUGAGUCCGUAGAGUCGAGUGGCCCGUAUGCAGAGCUUGUUGGCUGCCUCAUGUACCUGAUGACCUGCACACGACCUGACCUUGCAUACCCUCUCAGCAUUCUCGCACGCUAUGUUGCUCCUGGGAGACACCGACCAGAGCACAUGGCUGCAGCGAAGAGGGUGUUGCGCUACUUGUGCAGUACGUCGGGCAUGGGGCUAGUGCUUGGAGGGCGCAGUCCAGUGGUCCUCACUGGGCACGCGGACGCUUCUUGGGCUGACGACCAGGCUACACAGCGGUCGUCACAGGGUUAUACCUUCAGCCUUGGUUCCGGCUCUGUCUCGUGGCGGGCUACUCGCUCGUCUUUUGUUCUCGGCUCCAGUUGUGAGGCUGAGAUCUACGCCGGGGCUAUGGCUGCUCAGGAGCUUCGCUGGCUCACCUAUCUGCUGACCGACCUUGGAGAGCCGCCUCGUUCUCCUCCAGUGCUGUACGUAGACAACAAGGCCAUGCUGGCCUUGUGUCGAGAGCAGCGACUAGAGCACAGGACAAAGCACAUUGCUCUCCGCUACUUUCUUGCUCGUGAGCUGCAGCAGCGUGGACAGUUGUGA